UGUUGUUGGAUUUGCUGCCUUGUGAUAGCCAGCCAACAACUUUUCAUAUGAAUUUUGUGUUUUAGUCGAAAACGAGUGCUUGGAGACUUCACAUAUUGGAGGAUCAAAUCCACGUUAUAAAGUUGUGAACAGAAAACACAAAAAUAUCACUACUACCACUAUUACUUGUGUAUUUUUUGCUCUUGGGUGUUUUUUCUUCAUUAUUACAAAAAAAGGAGAAAUAAUUUUUUUGAAAAAUAAAAUACUGUGAAAAAGAAUUUUAAAAUUUUAAAAAAAAGUUGCUAAAAGCAGCAAAUAUUUUUUGGGAGAUAUUUAAAGCAAGAAAGAAUUAAGUGUUACACAAAAAAAGCUUAAAGUUAUUAAAAAAUUCCCCAAAAAAAAAGAUCUAUAAAAAUUACGAGAAAUUAAAUUAAACUUAAAAAAUUAAAUAAAAUAGCUAAAAACAACCUAAAGUGGAAUACAAUAUUAAUAAAAAAUUUUAACGCAAAAAGUAUUAAACAGGAUUAAAUAUAAAAAAUUAUUGUGAUAACAUUUUUUCGGAUUUAUUUAAAAAAAUAUAUACCACAUACAGUGCAAUUUUAUUUAUUAUAAUUUUUUUAAACAUAAAUGCUUUGAAUAUUGAAAAUAUAUUGUUUCCUAAAACAAUAAUUAAGAAAUUUUAAAAAAGAAAUAUAAAAUUAUUAAGAAAUACUAUAAAAAUUUAACAAGAAUUUCAUAAAGGAUACGCCUAAAACUGUGAUUAAAAACAACAUUUUAUUUCAAGGGAUUAUAUUUUGCCAGCAACAAAAAACAUCAAGGAUUAAAAAAAAAAUUUAUCACUAAGAAAAUUUUAUUGGAAUUAAAUAUUUUUGUUUGCAAAACCUUAUUAUUAUUAUUUCGCUUAAACAAAUAAACAAAUUUGAUUGAUCGUUCAUCAACAGCACUAUUAUUCUCAAACUCAUACACACUCACACUAUAUUUUGCUGCUAAUUCUACAAAAUACAACAAAAUCUACAAACUCAACUCCAACAUUCUAGUUUCUAACAACCAUUGGAGUGACAUUCUUGCGUACCACAGUCACCACUUAACUGCAACAUUAUAAGGAACAUAAAGAGUGUAUAGAAGAAGUUUUGAAAUUAUAAACAAAAAUUGCAAUUUGUUCGACUGCUACAAUAACAAAACAAAAUCUCGACGUUUAGUUCAUAAUUGAAAAUUGAACUAGAAAAAACACAACAACAACAAUUACCAGCUUUAAACAACAACAGUUCCAAUUGUAACAAUUUGCAAUUUUCAAUCAAAAUAACUACUCUCAACAAACGAUCUCCUGCGUACUACUCUUGUCUAAACAAUCCAACAACAACAACAGCUUUAGCAGCUACAAUUUAAAAAGUUUCAAAUUUUGUUUAUUUCUCCUUGUUUUUCUUCUAUUUCAAAUUUAAUAUUUCUUUGUAACAAAUCAGCAACAACAACAAAUUACCUUCAAAUAAUAAUAACAACAAAAACUACAUCAUUAAUAAUAAAACAACAAAAUAAAAAACCAUAAAAAAUUAACUUCGCUGUGCGAAAAUCAUAAAUAAUAAAAAACAACAACUACAAAUAAUAACCGCAAAAAACAAAAAAAAAGCAACAACAAAAAACAACAUCUACAAGAAAAAAGCAAUGGAACGCGAAUCAAAUCCGAUGCAACCUAUGUGCCGCUCUGGUUGCGGUUUUUAUGGUAAUCCAGCUACAGAUGGUUUAUGCUCAGUUUGCUACAAGGAUUCCUUGAGAAAAAAGCAACAACCACCUGUUGGCAGCACACCUGUUUCAGUUCCAAGCCCACAACCAAGUCCCACAUUUAGUCCAGCCAUUACAAUACCUUCAGCAGCACAGCCAACAGUACAGAGUUUACAACAGCAACACAAUGAAAUUAAAGAGAAAAUAAAUGAAGAAAACACAGCCAAAACUAGCAGCGAACCAGCCGCAACCGCCGGUCCAUCAACUUCCACAGAACCAGCCGAAGAUGAUAAAGACAAGGAAGACGACAAAGAUUCUAAAAAAAAGAAUCGUUGCGCUGAAUGUCGCAAAAAAGUUGGCUUGACAGGUUUCCUUUGCAGAUGUGGCGGUUUAUAUUGUGCUGUCCAUCGAUACAGCGAUAAGCACAAUUGUACAUUUGAUUAUCGGGAACAUGGAGCCCAAGAAAUUAGACGCAAUAAUCCGGUAGUAGUUGGCGAAAAAAUACAAAAAAUUUGAACUUUUGUGCCAUCAACAUUAAACAACUUUAUAAUAAUAUAAUCUUAUACAUAAAUCUAUAUAUAAAUAUAAAAAACAACUUAUAAAUAUUAAAUAUAAAUACAAAAAAAAACCUUUAAUAAUAAUAUAAAUAUA